GAUGCUGCGAGGGACCCGAAAGGGAGGGGCGAUGACCUGUCAACAAUUCCAGUUCCUCUCAGUUUGUGUGAAGAUAGCAAUUUAGUGUUUUUAAUUUUUACCAAACGACUAGUCGACCUUUUUGUAUCGUACGAACACAAUGUAUAGCCUCAACAGUGGAAAAGUAUUCAUCGUCGCGGAAAUCGGCCAAAAUCACCAGGGGUCGGUGGACGUCGCCCAAGAAAUGAUAAAGACAGCAAAGGAUUGUGGUGCUGAUUGCGUUAAAUUUCAACGGUCGAAUCUAUCGGAAAAGUUUACUGCUGCUGCCCUUGCUCGGCCAUACGCCGGCUCGAAUUCCUGGGGCACAACAUACGGGGAACAUAAAGCUUUUCUGGAAUUUUCACUUGACAAAUAUUGGCAACUGCAGCGUUACGCAGCUGAUCUGGGAAUUCUGUUCACCGCCUCGGCCAUGGAUAUGGCGUCAUUCUACGAACUAGAGACACUGCUGUGCGUUCCCUUCAUCAAAAUCGGUUCGGGGGAUGCAGAUAACUUACCACUGCUACGCUACGCCGCUGGCCGAUCGAUUCCAAUCGUCGUCUCCACCGGCAUGCAGGACUGGGAACACAUUUGCUCGAUGUACAACAUCCUCCGGGAGCGAAAAAACGUUGCAAUGCUCCACUGUGUUUCCGCCUAUCCAACCUCACCGGAGGAUUCGAUGCUGCAACUGAUUCCUUUAUACCGAAAACAUUUCCCGGAGCUCACAAUUGGAUACUCCGGUCAUGAGCUAGGAGUGCAACUUUCCGUCGCCAGUGUAGCUUUGGGUGCCAAGAUAGUUGAGCGACAUUUUACACUCGACAAAUCUUGGAAAGGCACCGACCAUCGGGCUUCACUGGAUCCUCCGGAAUUUGCCCGCAUGGUACGCUAUAUACGUGCGAUCGAAGGGAAUGCGGGCGCGAGCGAAUCGAUUGUGGAAAAAUUGCGGGCCGUCCUGGAUGUAGGUGAUUUUGAUGAGGCAAAACUGCAGCUAGCGCUAAAGAAAGUUGCGGUAAAGGAUAGAGUAUUGCUGGAGUCUGAAAAACCUUGUCACAGCAAGUUGGGAAAAUCGCUUGUGUACAGCAGAAAUCUUCCCGCUGGAAGCAUUCUUGCCGAGGGAGAUAUUGGAGUAAAAGUUAGCGAGCCACAGGGUCUGUCUCCCCGGCAGAUCGAUACAAUACUGGGGAAAAAGCUUAAAGAAGCCGUGUCUAUGGAUAAUCCUGCUUUUGAAAACCAUUUCGUUUAAUGUAACUAACACAACACCAUUACAAAUACAAGACAUUUUUUAUU